AUGUUAUCAUCUCCUCCAUGUCACCCAGGGGUUGAGGGAGAAUUAGAGUUGGGUUUUACCGGCGGCAAGCGGCGGCGGAUUGGUGAAGGAAUGGAGCUCGAGAUGGCGGACGUGGAGGCCCAAACUCAGGCGGCCACGGAGAGAGAGAGUCCGGCCAUCUUCAAGAAAGCGAAUCGUCUAGUUUCAUUGAAGUUUGAGGAUGUUGUUUACAAGGUUAAGAUCAGACAGGAAGGAUGUAUGAAGAAUUCGAAAGCAGAAGAGAAAUUAAUCUUGAAGGGUAUAACAGGUAUAGUGUUUCCUGGAGAAUUGCUAGCCAUGCUAGGUCCAUCAGGCAGUGGGAAAACAACUCUACUGACCGCGUUAGGAGGUCGGCUAGGUGGACGUCUUGGUGGAAGCAUAACAUACAGUGGAAAGCCAUUUUCAAACGCAAUGAAGCGAAAUACGGGCUUUGUUACACAAGAUGAUGUCUUAUAUCCUCAUUUGACUGUGACAGAAACACUCGUGUAUACUGCACUUUUAAGGUUGCCUAAUAGUAUAACUGGACAGGAAAAGGUCAAUCAUGCAGAAGCUGUGAUAUCUCAGCUUGGAUUGUCGAGAUGCAGGGACUGUAUUAUAGGCGGUCCCUUUUUGAGAGGAGUCUCUGGGGGAGAGCGAAAACGUGUUAGUAUUGGGCAAGAAAUGCUUAUUAAUCCAAGUUUGUUGUUUCUUGAUGAACCCACAUCAGGCCUUGAUUCAACAACGGCUCAAAGGAUUGUCCACACAUUGUGGGAAUUGGCUAAGGGAGGUAGAACGAUAGUUAUGACAAUUCACCAGCCAUCAAGUAGGCUUUUUUAUAUGUUUCAUAAGGUGCUAUUGCUGUCUGAAGGCAAUCCUUUGUAUUUUGGGAAGGGCUUGCAAGCUAUGGAUCACUUCUCUAGUAUCGGGUUUACUCCUUCUGUUGCUAUGAAUCCUUCCGAUUUCCUGUUAGAUCUUGCAAAUGGAGUUUCAACCGAUGACUCACAGGAAGAUCAAGCCGCCAUUAAGCAAACUUUGGUGUCUGCUUACAAGGCUAAGCUAUCAGCGAAGGUGAAAUCAGAACUUGAAAUUGAUAGUCAGCUUCAAGGAGCAAUGGACGACAAGCAGUUUAAGCGAUGGUCUACAAGUUGGCGGCAACAAUUUUCUGUGUUGUUUAGAAGAGGUUUGAAGGAAAGAAGGCACGAAGCCUUUUCCAUCAUUAAGAUUGUACAGGUCUUAGUGGUAUCAUUAUUGUGUGGACUAUUGUGGUGGCAAUCGGACAGUAGUCACAUACAGGACCAGGUGGGGUUUUUCUUCUUCUACUCUGGAUUUUGGGGCUUCUAUCCCCUCUUCCAGGCAAUUUUCACGUUUCCCCAAGAGCGUAUGAUGCUACAAAAAGAACGAUCUUCGGGAAUGUACCGACUUUCAUCGUAUUUUAUGGCACUAACUUUAGGUGAUCUGCCAAUGGAAUUAGUCCUCCCCACAGUCUUUGUCACCAUAACCUAUUGGAUGGCAGGCCUCAAAGCGACAGCAGUGAACUUCUUGUGCAGCUUAUUUGUUCUCCUCUUCAGCGUAUUAUGUUCUCAAGGCCUUGGACUCGCCAUUGGAGCAUUGGUCAUGGACCAAAAGUCCGCGACCAUACUAGGAUCGGUUAUCAUGCUUUCUUUCCUUCUGGCAAGUGGUUUUUAUGUCCAACAUGUUCCCAAGUUUAUAGGAUGGAUCAAGUAUAUAUCCAUAAGUAAUUACACGUUCAAGCUUUUGUUGCGCUCACAAUACAAGCCCGGUGAUACGUAUCCUUGUGGGACCAAUAAAACUUGUUUGGUCGAGGAUUUUCCUUCGGUGAAGCAUGUAGGACUUGGUGGAGUAGCUAUCUCAUUGGUUGCCAUGGCUAUAAUGCUUGUGGCAUACAGGUUGAUUGCAUAUCUUGCCCUCACGAGAAUUGGCGUGGCAAGGAAAUAG